AGUAUAGCCCGACGGUCCGCCGAGUAAACCACGACACCGACACGAGGACGUACCUCUAAUAUUAUGCUUAAAAUWUAUUCUGUUAUUUAAAACAUUUUUUAUUUUAUAUUUAAUUUACCGAUCGACUGGAUAUACGAAUCGUAUUUUAUCCUGCUCAUAUAAUCUUCGUUGUUGAUAUACUUCAAGUCAUUAUUAUCAUAAUUAUUUUAAAUCGUUAUUUACCGCGUAUUUAUCAAAACACUUGUCGAUUUUUGUUUGCCGUUCUUUUUCUUGUUUAAUGCAGUUCGGUUUCUUUUUCUGCCGCGUCUGUUACAUUGUUCGCAACGAUGAUUUUAUUGUGAUACGACAAACUUCUGCAGCCACAUACACAUAGACAUACAGUUGUGCACYCAGACUAUAAAAGAUUUGUGAAGGCAUGUGCUUAAGUCGAUUGAUGCACACGUGCUACGGCUACAGAAAUCGGUAGAUCGAAGUAUUGAACACCCCGGAGAAGAAUGACACGUCAAUUACCGUCAUGAACUUUUAUUCAGUCGCUGAGCUAUUGCCAUGGUUGUUGUUGUUAUUUUCCUCGACUGGCUUCGCUUCUCCCGUUCCAAACAAGGAGUUUGAUUGCAAAGGCCGAGUAGAACGGUGCGAAAGGAAGAAGGCCGCCACGAGGAGACCAGUGUGCGGCACAGACAACAUUAGUUACCCGAGUAGAUGCGCCUUACUGCGGGUCCGAUGCUUUAAUGACUCAUUGUUGCGUGUCAAGCACCGGGGAAGAUGCAAAGAAAAGCAGCCUUGUUGGGUGGAUCAAACUACAAAAUCAGGUGAUCCAACUAGAACUCCGGACUCGUAUAUGCCCAGGUGCAAAGCGGACGGGACUUACUUCCGGAUUCAAUGCCAUAAAAAAGAAGGAUAUUGUUGGUGUGUAACACCUGCGGGAAAAGUGGUGUCCAACACCAUUGUUCGAGGACAAAAGCCCAAAUGUGAUAACGACAGAGGCAAAUGGCGUAGAGGUUCUUUGCAGAAAGGAGGUAAUCUCAGAAGAGAAUGCAGUAAAAGCGAUAAAGCAAUAUUUAUCAAUAAUUUAGUCAGAAUAUUCAAAACGGAGUACAAUCGAGAUCAGUACGCAGCACUAUUAAAUGGUGACCGUUCAGUACUGGACCCGAUUACGUUGGACAAACGAGUCACUGAAUGGAAAUUCAGUUCUUUGGACACGGACAAAAACGAAUCCCUCACUAAAAUAGAAUACAGAGACCUAAAGAGACUAGUUCGCAAAGUAGUCAGGCCUAAGAGAUGUUCCAGAACAUUUAUCCGCACGUGCGACACGGACCAUAACAGCGUAGUGUCGAAAAUCGAAUGGACGAAUUGUUUGUCGAUUGACGAAAUAUCGGGCGUAAAGUCAUCGACAACCUCGACUACGACGACGACAACCACCACCACUACGACUACCACUACAACGACCGAAAUCCCCCCGCCGGAUGACUACGAAGAUAAAGACGACGAUGGAAUCGGACUCGAGGAAGCCGAUCCUGAAGACAUACUACAAGAAAGCGUAGCUACGCUUAGUGGUACUCUUCCGGGUUUAAUGGCCGAAGGCGACCAAGAGGAAGAGGCUGAAGUUAAUGAUUGUUUAACGGACAGACAGGAAGCAUUAGAUGAUCCAUCGACUUCAUCUCACAAGUACAUACCAGAAUGUACAACAGAUGGAAGAUAUAAACGUGUUCAAUGUUACAAAUCAGUCGGUUACUGUUGGUGCGCACAAGAAGACACAGGAAAACCAAUACCUGGAACCUCGGUGAAAGAUUCUAAUCCUAAAUGUGAUGAUGGCAUUCCUUUAUUUUCACGGCCAAUKAAAGGCUGCCCAGAGCAUAAAAAAAAUAUUUUUUUAAAAGAUCUCAUGGAUUACCUACGACAAAAACACAGUAAAAACAAUAAUGCAUCAUUUUCUAAUGACUAUGAGUCGAUAAUUUCAAACAUUUUUCAUACUUUGGAUACAAAUCACAAUAAAGUGUUAGAGCGCAAAGAAUGGAAGAGUUUUCGUGAAGAAAUGUCAGCCAACAACAAACUAAAAAGAUGUGGGAAAAAACUGCCUCGACAUUGUGAUGUAAAUCAUGAUAACAAAAUUGGCUUUACAGAAUGGUUAAACUGUUUAAAUGUUAACCAUGUUCAGACUCAAACACAACCCAAUGAAUCCAACACAACAAUAAUUGCUAAAAGAAGAGGGCCUAAUCCACUUGAAUCAUAUCUCAAGGGAGAUGACUAAAUGGCAUGAUAAAAUAAUAAAAUAAAAUAGAGCAAAAUUAAUUUUUAUUAAGACUGUUUGUAAAUUAUGAAUUAA